CAUAGUGGGAGGAAGCCAGGGCCAGUGGCGACAGAAAAAACUAUGUACCUGGCUUAAUUAACGUAAAUGAAACGUGUGCCCUGUAACGUUAUUCCGCUAACCAACUAAUGUGCUGUUUCCCCCCACUGUAUAGGAGUCUUCGACUACAAGACGAUUUAUUUUAAGAAAUGGACGUGGAACGACAGAAACGGAGGGACGAAAUAAAUAAAGCCCUGGGUUUCAUACAGUCGUCCUUGCCUUAUCCAGAGCCUGAAGGCUACGAGGCGUUUUUGAUCCAGCUGGUUUGCAACCUGCUGGAUGAGGGGAACGCAGUGUUUCGGGAAGGGGAGUGGAGGCAGGCGGCAUCGCAUUACAGCGAGGGGGUUAGCGUGGCACGCUAUGCCCAGGCUGAAGCGCUGGUGAUCCCCGCAGAGUUGCUGGAGAGCCUGUACGUCAACCGGGCGGCCGCACACCACAGCGUCGGGGAGUACGAGAGGGGCGUGCAGGACUGCGACAGCGCGCUGGCCGUGUGUGAGGGGAGUCGCAGGGCCCUGUACAGGAAGGCGCUGUGCCUGCGAGAGCUGGGCCGGCUCAGGGAGGCCUACGAGUGCAGCACCGGCUGCCUGCUCACUGCGCCACAUGAUAGGCAGGUGAGUGAUCUGGCUCAGGAACUGGCCAAUAAACUGGGACUGAAGAUCCGGAAAGCCUACAUCAGUCCUCAGCAGGUGGAUUCAGUUACUGCAGGGGGAGAAAGCAAUGGGGAUACAUCCCCCCCUACAGGAGAGAUGUCUGCCAAUGGUCUGGAAUCUUUGAGUGACAUUUCAUCAGCUGGCUUAUCCAGUGCCCAGUGUAUCCCGGCGCCACUGGCCACCCCCAUCCCCGUCAGUGAUGAGCCCCCAUCCCCUUCCAAGGGCCCUGUGGUGCCCCAGGAUCUGCCUGAGAGCCCAGCCCAUGGUCCCCCACGGGUGCCUUUCUCUGUGCCGGUGUCAGAGCACAUGGCGGAGUGCGAGGUGAUGGGCGACGAGCUGGACAGCCUGCUGGACCGUAUCCCCAAGGGAGCCGAAGUCGCUGUGAGCCCAGUGCAAGGUGCCAUCCCCACCAAUCUCCCAAACACGGCUGUAGGCCUGCGCUCCCCUUACCCAACCAGCCUGCCCACCCCGUCGCCCCAGCUGCCCCCCGCCUUCUUCAGCUCGGCAGUCAGCCAGCUCAACUCCCUGGACUCCUUCUCAGGCCUGGGCUCGGGCGACACCCCCACGCAGGCGCUGGACGCAUUGGACUCCUUCACUCCCGGGGCUGCCGCAGCAGGCAAGGGGGGGCCGGGCGGAGGGGGGCUGGACUCCCUGUCAGAAUUCACCCUGCCUGGUGGAAGGAUCUCUCACAGCUUCAUCCCUGGACUGCGCAGUACUGGGUCUACUCACACGAAUGGCCCUGUGAACUCAAACCUCUCCCUGCUCUCUCGGAACCCCCUGGCUGCCACCCACGAGUUCAGACAGGCCUGUCCAGCCUGCUACAGCCGCAUAGGUCCGCGGGUCAUGGACUACCAGUACCAGCCUGACGCGGCACACCGCUGCAAACGGGACGUGCUGUUAUGCAGGCUCAAGGACAGCGAUGACCCCACCUGGAAGAGGGUGCGGCCCCGCCCCGCCCGAAACAACUUCCUGGGGGCUUUUGUCCUCUGCAAGGAGGUUCAGGAGCGGCAGGAGUGUAAGUACGGGGAGAACUGCACCUUCGCCUACUGCCAGGAGGAGAUAGACGUGUGGACACAGGAGAGGAAAGGGGCGCUGAGCCGGGAGCUGCUGUUCGACCCGCUGGGCAGCACUGAGAGACGAGCCCUGAGUGUCACACGCCUGCUGCAGCUGCACAUGGGCAUGUUCAUGUUCCUCUGUGAGGAGUGUUAUGACAGUAAGCCCCGCAUCAUAAGCAAGCGCAGCAAGGAAAACCUGGCCGUCUGCUCCAACCUCACCGCCCGCCAUCCCUUUGACGACAACAAGUGCCUGGUGCACGUGGUGCGGUCGGCCAACGUGCGCUACAGCAAGGUGCGGCCGCUGCACCCGCUCUGCCAGUUCGACGUGUGCCGCCACGAGGUGCGCUACGGCUGCCAGCGCGAGGACAGCUGCUCCUUCGCCCACUCCGUCAUCGAGCUCAAGUGCUGGGUGCUGCAGCAGGACACUGGCAUCACCCAUGAGGAGAUUGUGCAGGAGUCCAAGAGGCACUGGCACAGACUGGAGCAGAAUGCACAGAGGCAGAAGCCUAUACACGUGCCGCCCCCAAGUAACAUGAGCUGUGGGGGUGACAGUAUCGGAGGAGGGGGCGGAGGUGGCGGAGGCGGCGGCGGCGGAGUCGGAAGCGGAGGUGGAGGCGGGAGCGGAGGCGGAGGGGGAGGGGCCGGAAGGGCCCGUGGCCUGAACCUGAAGAUGAAGUUUGUGUGUGGGCAGUGCUGGAGGGACGGGCUGGUCAGUGAGCCAGACAAGGCCCUCAAGUACUGCACCGCCAAGGCCCGGCACAGCUGGACGAAGGAGCGGCGGGUGCUGCUGGUGAAGUCGUUCGAGAAGAAGAAGUGGGUGGUGGUGCGGCCGCUGCCCUUCUCCCGGAGCUACCCACAGCAGUAUGAUAUGUGCGUCCACGUGAUGAAGCAGAAGAAAUGCCACUAUAUUGGGAACUGCUCCUUCGCCCACAGCCUGGAGGAGAGGGACGUGUGGACGUAUAUGAAGAACAACAGCCUGCGAGACAUGCAGCAGAUGUAUGACAUGUGGCUGACAUUGACCAAUCAGAAUCGCCGGCCGGAUGGCACCCUUGUGAGCCCACCCCCUGAGGAGAAGCAGAUUGCCAUGCCGACCGAUUAUGCAGAACCAAUGAGCGGGUUCCACUGCCGGUUGUGUGGGAAGCACAGCAACAGCGAGCGGCAGUGGCAGCAGCACGUCUCCUCGGAAAAGCACAAGGACAGAGUGUUCAGCUGCGAGGGCGAGGAAGAGGGGCUGGCCUGGAGGUACCGCUUCCCUGGCCACCGCUUCACCCUCUGCCCCAGGCUGGAGAGCUGUCCUGAGGGGGUGAGCUGUGACUACGCACACAGCGAGGAAGAGCUGGUGGAGUGGCAGGAGAGGCGGGACUUCCUGCGGCGGAAGUUGGCCAAGGCCCGCGACGACAUGCUAAUCGCCCCCAACGACUUCGACUUUGGGAAGUACAACUUCCUCCUGCAGGACUGAACCCCCCCCCC